CUGGAAAUUUAAAAGUGAUCUUUGUCUCUUUCUAACAGGACCCAUCAGAGACCAGACCCUGCUGGACCUGGACCUGGACCCAGCUGUGUGUAGAGUCCCCGGUCCAUGCUACUUUAAAAACAAGGUGACCUGUAAGAGAGAUCAGAAUGGAGGGCUGGAGGAUGGACAUGGAGAGAAGAAUGGACAUGGAUCUGAGGAGAAUGGAAAUGGAGAGGAGGGAACUGGAAAUGAUGAUGAGGAGACGGAGGACCCAGCAGAAACCAGACCCUCCUGAUCCUGAUCCUGAUCCUGGACCUGAUCCCAGCUGUGUGUCCUUGAAGAGCGACCAGUCAUAUCAAGGCCUCAUUGACUUUAAAGGAGAUCAACCCUCUGCUGGAGAGAGAGACCGGGAGAGCUCAGAGGGUCCUAGUGGGUCCCAGUCCUCCCAGCAGCAUCAAACCCACCUGGACUCCAUCUUUAGGCUGCUGGAGGACAACAUCGUCACUUUUGUGAAGAAUGAGCUGAAGAAGAUCCAGAAGGUUCUGAGUCCAGAUUACCCAGAAUACCCAGAGAGUCAGAGGGAGGGUGAGGAUGAAGAGCAGAGGAGGAGCAGAGAGGCGUUUCUGAAGAUCACACUGCACUUCCUGAGGAGAAUGAACCAGGACGGGCUGGCUGACCGUCUGCAGAGCAGAAGUUCAGCAGGAGUCUGUCAACGUAAACUCAAAUCUAAACUAGACAGGACGUUCCAGAGUGUGUUUGAGGGGAUUCCUAAAGCAGGAAACCAAACUGUUCUGAAUCAGAUGUUCACAGAGAUCUACCUUCUGAAGGGAGGGGCUGCAGGGGUCAAUGAAGAACAUGAGGUCAGACAGAUUGAAACAGCAUCCUGGAAACCAGACAGACCAGAACCAACAAUCAGACAAGAAGACAUCUUUAAACCCCCACCUGGAAGAGAUGAACCAAUCAGAGCAGUGAUGACAACGGGAGUGGCGGCAUCGGGAAACAGUCUUAACACAGAA